AUGAAACCAUCGUCUCUUGCAUUGAGAUCGCUCGUUGGAAGCUUCUGCUUCUUCUACGCUUCUAGCCACAUGGCAGACUCUACUCCUUUCGAUCUUUAUGAUGAGAAUGGUGAGCCUUUGGGUGAGUGUCAAUUGAAAGGUGGUGACAUCAACAGUUGGAUUGUUGAUGAAGCUGGGUACACCGUGUGCCACAAGAAUGGCAACGGAAGAUCGGGAGCUCACCACAGCCGCCAUCUCAGCCGAGAACAUGCUGAAAAGAUGCGUGCUCUGCACCAAAAAAGAUCCCGCGAACACAAUGAUGUAACUAUGGAAACAGUCCGCGCUGAAGAACAUGGAGAAGUGCUUGGAUAUGGCGACGAUGGUGAAUUCGUGUACUUCUACUGCAAGAAGCUCGAGGGCGGAAAGAUCACUGCUGACUUGCGUUAUCCAGUGGCAACCACUGACCCCACCGAGAUUGACGACCUGGAACCAAACAUCCACAAGUCGUUGCGCGUUGCAGCAAUGGAAGAUGGAGCCUACGGUGAAUGCUCACUCAACACAGGAGGAGUUUGCGAGCCCGAUGACACGAGAGAUCGUCUGCUUCGUGGUCGUGAACUAUCUGGGCUCAAGGAAGGAACGGUCCGCAACUUGGUCAUCCCUAUCAAGUUCGUUGGACACGAAAGUCAAGCACUCCCUUCGAAGGGCGAUCUCGAGGUCCUGAUGAAUGCCAUGGAGCCUGACGCUACCAGGGCACCAACUGGCGGUGUGAAGAAGUUCUUUCAUGACAACUCGGGAGGAAAGCUGACCUUGGAAUCGACAGUUGUUGACUGGGUUCAGUUGACUGGCAGUACUAAUGGUCGAUCUCAUACUGAGGAGUACUGUACCGGAGCCUUUGAUCUAAAUACCAAAGGCCAAGGUAACGGAGCUACAUACCUACACGACUGUUUGGUCGAAGCGUUGAACAAGAUUGAUAGUUCCGUUGACUUCAAACAAUUCGAUAGUGAUAAUAACAACAAGAUCGACGCCAUCACAUUCAUCCAUUCGAGCUAUUGUUCCACCGCUUGUGGCAGUGCAAGAGACAAGAUUUGGUCUCACCAGUGGGGGCUGAAUGAUAAACGGUGGACAAGCGCAGAGGGCGUUGUUGUUAACGCAUACCAUAUCAAUCCAGGAUUGAUUGGUUGUUCGGGAAGCAAGAUUGGAACCAUUGCCACCAUUGCACACGAGACUGGACACUUUUUGGGCUUGCCCGAUCUUGCGAAGACACACCCUCCCAUGCUAGACCCGUGGUCCAAACUAAAGUUGGGCUGGGGAACGGCCACCGAGCUUUCUUCAUCCGAAAAUAAGGUGGUGUUGCAACCUUCCGCCACAAAUCACAAGUAUUAUAAGAUCAGCAAGGGCUUCGCAGCAGGAGAGUAUCUUCUCAUAGAGAAUCGCCAAAAGAAGUCCUUUGAUUCGAAAAUCCCAGAGGCUGGACUCAUGAUUUGGCACAUCGAUGAAGACAAAAGUGGCGACCAGAAUGAUGACGAAGGGCAUCCUGGGCAACCAGAUUGGCCUAGCAAUGGCAGACACUAUCAUGUCGCCCUGAUGCAAGCUGACGGAGAGUACAAGUUCGAGAAACAGAAAUCUGGUGAUGGAGAUAAAGGUGAUAUGUAUGGACAAUGCCUUGGGGGUGGAACGUUUGGUCCCUCCACCACUCCCAACUCCAAAGGUUAUCAAGGUGGUCACGUCAAAGAUACUGGUAUCACAAUCACCAAUAUCUACCAACAGGGAGAUGAUAUGGUCUUUGAUGUUUGCUUUGGAGAUUGUGCCUCGGGUUCUGCGGCACCACCUGCUCGUGAAUGCUGCAAAGAUCUGAAAGAUUACACAAUGUGGGUGAAGAAGGAGGGUACUACGAAUAAGUAUUAUUCACACACAUGCGACGAGAUUAUGAGCAAAGAUAUGUGUGAUUCUACAAAUGGAGGCGAACCAAACACAGGUUUCGCGAUGACAAAGCCCAAGGAUGCAUGCUGUGGAUGCAAGGGCGGUCGCUUUGCUUCACCUGGUGCCAUCCCUGCUCCAAUUACUCUCCCCCCAACUGCUGCCCCUGCUCCCGGCUCUACCUGCAAGGAUACUGAAGGUUACAAACUGUGGGAACACAAUAGUGGUACCAACUAUUUCACAUUCACAUGCAAAGACGUUUUGAGCCAAGGCAAGUGCGAUUCGAGUAGUGGAGGCGAACCAAACACACCCCUUGCCACCAAAAAGCCAAAGGAGGCAUGCUGUGGAUGCAACGGCAGCUGCAAAGACGAUACGGCAUGGAAGGACAGUGGCAAUGAUACAUGUGCCGGGUAUACCAAGCAACCAAGUUGGUGUGCUGGAGCUGAAAAAUAUAAGAAUGCUGCUGGUGCUUCUGCAAAGCACGCUUGCUGCAUCUGUAAACUCUAUCCUUAA